AUGGGGCUUAAGGCGACCUGGGCGAACAAUCAAUUGCAGCAAGUGGCUUAUGACCAGGGGUUUCACCUCCCGGCUUUCGCCGGCUGUGGAGUGUUCGGAUCCCAGAUUGUUUUCGCCGGCGGCAACAGGAUCCAAGAUAACGGUUCCCUUGAGAGGAAUUGUAGCAAAGACUUGUAUGUCUUCGACACUAGGGAGCGUGACUCCCCGGAACCUCAACCUGAAGUUUUCAAGAUCAAGAAGAAGGAGGCUUCCUUCCGACAAGGAAAACAUAGGCCCCUGCUGGUGGAGCUCAACGGAAAGCGCUACUCUCUUUCUGGUAAGCCCAUCUUCGAACCCGCACCAGCCAAUCCCGCCUUUGAGGUAUUUGAUCCCGUAAAUAGCAAUUGGACUCCACUGGCUGAACCUCCAUUUUUAGUUCUUGACAAUCCGGAUUUCAAGUUUGCUCCAUUCUCCUAUAUAGUUAGUGGAACCAAAAUAAUAGUCUCGAGCAGGGGAAUCAUAGGGGCUUCAGGGUGUAAGUCUGAGGACGAGUCCUCUGACGAGUCCUCGGAGUCUGAGGACGAGGACGAGGCACUGGAGGAGUUUCUAGACCAGGCAAUGCAGGAGUCACAAGAGCAGGCAAUCCAGGAACAUGCUGAUAAUCAUGUAUUCUGUUUUGAUGUUGCGCAGCCACACAUAGGAUGGAGAAAAUUAUCCAGCUGUUUUGUGACAAAAAAUGGGACAAUCAUUGCUCGCACUCCCUUUCAUGGCAGAGCUUUAACACUGGACCUAGAUAACUUGAAGUUGGUGUUCACAUAUGCAUUUGAUGAAAAUGCAAUACAGCUCUUUCUUAUGUUUUACUUUGAAGAGAAAGUAGUGGAACUCGGCAAAUUGUCUAUCGAACACUUGCCUCCUGAGUUUACAGAACCUACUGAGUACAGUUUCAUUCAUCUCCGGGAUCACACCGUCUGUCUCAUCUUGAGCAGGUUCACCCGAAGCCGGGGCAGAGAGAACGACCAUUACACAGUAUAUGAGCCGGGGACCCAGAAGAUUGUUCUAGUGCCAUUUACAUUUACCUGCCUGGAUGACUGGUGGUGGAUAUUUUCGUUUCAGUUCAUGUCAACUAAAGUUUUGGAGUACCAGACCAAGGAAGAUUGUGACAAACACCCUGAGGUUUUAGGGUGUUUCGUCCUCUAGCUUUUCAAGUGUUACCUAGCUCUUUAUGCGUUACUCUUGCUGAACCUUGAUUUUGGUCCAUCAACUUAGAGGAACUAAAAUCUGUUGAACGCCUCCAACCUGCUUCCCAAUGCUGCAAAGAGUGUGUUAGUUUUUCAAUUACCUUUUGAGGCACCUAGUUUUAGAGUAAAAGGAACUGGAAUUGAAUAUCUUUCAAAUUUGUUUGUUCUAGCCAUGUAAGAAAAAUGAGGUGAUUCUCUUUAUAGUUUAUAUAAUGUUAGUUAUCUUCUAGUAGAUUGAAUAUGAAUAUUUUGCAGGAUUGCUGAUUUUGUGACUGCAAAUCCAGAUCCGUUAAUACCAACAAAUCGAAAGAAACGACGAUCCUGUUGCUUUUGGAAAUGGGUCUGGAUUUGCAAAAGCUUGUUUGUACCUGCGUAUAGCUUCUGGUCUUCUAGUGCCAGAAGCCAAGCUGUUUCUGCAAUUGGAUGUGCUUUAUGUGGUUAAAGCCAAACCCCAUGAUCGCAGGAUGAUGUGUGACUCAUCGAUUGUGCAAAUUAAAAUUGAUUCUUUCUGUAAAUAUUCUCAUUCUAGCAUAUCAUUCUGAAUUUCAGUCAGAGGUUGUGAAAGAUGACUCGUUGUCAAAGGUGAGUAAUCUUGAUGAAGGUAUUGAACGACUUGGAUCCUGCAAUAAAAGUUCAUACCCGACAAGUUCCAGCUUGAACAGGAUGGAAGCAACGAGCAAAUUAUGCGUCUCUUUUCUACUAUUCUGUUCGCAUUUCUAAGGGGUUCAUGUGAAAGUUUAGGAAUAAUAGUACUUGAAAAAGGAAUUUCUUUAAAUUUCAAUAAGAUGUGUUAGUUAGGAGGCAGUUGUGUAAUUGCAUCAACUAGAGGGAUUCAUAUUCGAUACGGUACUUAUUGGUAUGCUAGACCCGUUUUCAGCAAUCGUGUAUUGUCUUUGAACUGUCGUGAAAUUCCUCAUAUUCCACUAGCGAGCGUCUGAUUGUUCAAAUCUCCUCCAGUAUCUUAGAGCUGUUUAUAUAUUUAAGGACAUCUUUGCCAUAGUGUCACCAAUGGAUGUGCUUCUACUAUAGCUACAAAGAUUGGAACAGCAGCUGCUUGAAGAAAUAGAGCUACGUGCUAUUCUGGAAAAUGCAAUUGAGAAAAAUGCUACUAAAUUCUCCAGUCCAGCAUGCCUUCCUUACAAGGCCUUUUCAAAAAAAAAAAAAAAACCUAUGUACAGGCUCAAGAGCUCCUAAGCAAUAUUGCUGCUUUCGGAACUAGAACAGGAGUUGGUUGCAUUGCAUUUCCAACUAAGUCAAGAAAGAAAUGAAAGAAGGCUGGCAGAAUAUCGUCUGAGGCAUCCAUCUCUGUCUCCUUGCCCGUCCAGCAUUAUGAAACUGCCAGUAUAAUGUCUUGUCAUAUAUUGAUCUCAUAUUGUAUAAUGGCCUGGCUGAAACAGAGUAAUAUUGCUCAUUUGAUGGAUGUUGUCACUGGCAUCGUUCUCUGUGCUUAUUUAGAUUUCAUCUUCCAGAAUGUCUGCUGACCACCCGAGGUGGAUAUCCAACUGGGGGAUUAACAGCGUGCAAUACAGUUGGGAAGUAAAUCUGUUUUACUGGCACAUGCCGUGCACGUGCAAUCGUUUAGAUAUCUGGGAAGUCGUCCUCUGCUUGAACUUGAAGACAUCAGAUCUGAAGUGUGGUGAUUUUCGGAGCAGUACAUUUCCCACAAGUCGCCGUAGAUCGGCAAACAGCGGCCCUCAAAUUCAAUCCGAUAGUUGAAAGGAGCUCUGCGCUCUGCGUCCGAAACCGGUGAGCACCAAGCAGAAGCGUCAACGGAGAAGGAUCAAGGACGUACAACAGAUGGAAAAUGAUCUUCAUGGAGAAACAGAUAUGGGAAGCAUGAAACUGCGUCACUAGUGACAGGCGAUCAGCUAGUGUAUCAAUAGCACAUUGAAUUAUUUAUCAUACUAAUCACUGCGUUGAAUUUACUUAAACUGUAGCCUAAGAAAGACAGCGUUUAGCAUAUGUACUGAAAAAGCCAUUCAGCAUUGUGGACUGCACAGAGAUGGGUACCUGAUCUCUAGAGUGCACAAUUUGAGCCUAAAAA